AUGCUAAUCGAAUUCGACGAAACAUGUAGAUGCAUCGGUCUUGAGCUGAGUCUGCGAAGGACGAUGUUCAUGCGUAACGGAUGGAUCUCGGAUGGCCCAUUCACGCUCAAGGGAACGAACAUAACAUGCCACCGCCUACGUUUAUCUGGGUCGGGAAAUGAACAUCAUGAACUACCUGACCCCCGAGCUGAGCAUGAGGAGACGAGCGGCUUAGAGAGCAUCGAGGAUGUAGUGAAGAAGACCAAGAACACCCUGCUGCUCACCUCCUAA